GCUUAAUUAAUUAUUAGAUUUGCAUAUAUCACUUCCAUUCAAUCCAGUUUUAUUCACUUUAAUUCAAUGACUUCCUCCCCAUCUUCGUUUCCUUCAAGUGUUGUACAAAAAAGAAAAGGAGGAUGGACAUAUGACGUGUUUCUAAGUUUCAGGGGUGAUGACACUCGCAACAAUUUUGUUGAUCAUCUUUAUGCUGCUCUAACUCAAAAAGGUAUACACACCUUCAAAGAUGACAAGAUACUCGGUGGAGGCCAACCCAUUUCUCAAGAACUCGUGAAAGCCAUUAAAGAAUCAAGGUUUGGUGUUGUUGUUUUCUCUAAAAACUAUGCUGACUCUUCUUGGUGUUUGGAAGAACUUUCCAACAUCAUGGAAUGUCACAAGCAGAUGGGUCAAAAGGUGAUACCUGUGUUCUACCAUGUGGAUCCGUCCAAUGUUCGCAAACAGAACGGAGAUUUUGCAAAGGCGUUCGAGACGUAUGAAGACAAGUUUAAGGAUGAGAUUGAUAAAGUUAACAAGUGGAGAGAUGCUUUAAGUGCGGCCGCUAGUUUAUCUGGCCAACAUAUCUUGCCACUCAAUAGUGAAUCAACAUUUAUAAAGAAGAUUGUUAAAGACAUCUUAGCCGAUAUAGAACCUCGUGGUGCGAGUAGGGAAAACCAUCUAAUUGGUAUAGAGCCUCGUAUCCAUGCCUUAAUUUCAUUGUUAAAGACGGAUGCAUCCGAGGAGGUCCGCAUUGUGGGGAUAUGGGGAAUGGGAGGGAUAGGCAAGACAACUAUUGCCCGAGCCUUGUUUAACAGAAUUGUUCAUAAGUUUGAGGGUAGUAGCUUUGUUACUGACGUUAGAGAGAAUAGCUCUAGUAAAAAGGAUAUAUGCGCCUUACAAGAAAGGAUUCUUAAUAAUAUUCUAGGGGAGCGUCAUGGGUACAAGGUUGAGGAUCAUAAUCAGGGAGCCGAAAUUAUACAAGAAAGAUGUUGCAGAAAGAAGGUUCUUCUUGUACUUGACGACGUGAAUGAUGUCAAGCAAUUAGAGUUCCUAGCUGCAACACGUGAGUGGUUUGGUCCCGGAAGUAGAAUCAUUAUAACCACCAGAGAUCAGCAUUUGUUAUCAUAUGCUAAUGUUAACGACAAGUACAAACCAGGUCUUUUACGUAGUGAUCAAGCUUUUGAGCUCUUCACUAGGCAUGCUUUUAGGAAAAGUAGCCCUCCAGAUGGGUAUAUGGAUCUCACCAAUCGUGCAAUAAACUGCACACAUCGUCUCCCUCUGGCCUUGAAAGUUUUAGGUUCUUUUCUAUAUGGUAGAGAAGCAAGUGUGUGGGGAAGUGCUCUCAAUACGCUAGCAAAAACACCAAGUGUAGAGGUUUUGGACAUGUUGAAGUUAAGUUUUGACUAUCUAAAUGUUUUGGAGAAACAAAUAUUUCUAGACAUUGCUUGCUUUUACAAGGGGAAAGAUGUAGAUGAUGUUACUAGAAUGCUUGAUAGCUUUGGCUUUGACCCGGUUAUAGGGAUCAGCGUUCUUGUUGAAAAAUCUCUUAUAACCAUCUCAUCAAACAAUACACUAGAUAUGCAUGAUCUUAUACAAGAAAUGGGUUGGAAAGUAGUUCAAGAAAGUGCUCCGAAUAGCAGGCUAUGGGAACCCGAAAAGAUCCACGAUUUAAUCAAUAAUAAGGAACUAGAAUUAAUCGAGGGCAUCAUGGUGCCAUGGGAUUAUGAUGUUGACUUGAAGGAGAGUGUGAGUGCUAAUGUUUUUAAAAGCAUGAAGAAUCUUCGGGUACUCCAUUGUUACGGAAAUUUCACUUGUCGUAAACCUAGCUUUCUCCCUAAUGAGUUAAGAUGGUUUUGCUGGAGAGAAUACCCAUUCUCUUCUGUGCCUAUAGCACACAUGAGUAAGCUUGUUGGGCUUGAAAUGGAGGAGGCCAAAAUCAAACAUUUAUGGAAGGUGAAAAAGGUAUUUAGUAUAUGGAAACCAAUCUCUUAUUUAGCAUCAGGAAUUUCUUUGUAUAAAAAUUCAAACUUGAAAUUCGUUCGACUUGGAAGUUGUGAUUCCUUAAAAAGGUUUCCAGAUGUGUCAGGGGCACCAAACAUCGAGAGUUUGCAUUUGUCAUAUUGUCGGAAUCUGGUGGAGGUUCAUGAGUCUCUUGGGAAUCUGAAAAAGCUUUGUUCUUUGGACAUGACCGGUUGCUUUAAACUCAAGUGUCUCCCAUCUAUACUUCGGAUGGAAUCCUUGGAGACCUUCAUCCUGCCUUGGUGUAGUUCUCUUAAAAGAAUCCCAGAAUUCUCACCAUGUAUGGUCAAUCUAUCUAAAAUAGGCAUUAGUCAUUGUUCUAAAAUAGAAGAAAUCCCAUCAUCCAUAAAAUAUCUCUCUGGCUUAAGCUACUUGGAUCUUGGUGGAUGCACAAGUCUCAAGAACAUUCCAAACUCAAUUUGGGAGUUAAAGUGUCUCAGCAUCCUUCGCCUUUCUUCUUGUUGGAAACUACAAAAAUUGCCAUAUGAUUUUCAAAGCAUGGAAAGUCUGAAAGAGCUUCACAUAGACUCCAUUCAUUAUCAUGCUUUGACAAAUUCUUGUUACUUGAGGAAGUUAUAUCUUUCGGGUUCAUACGGAGACAAUGAUUUCCCCAAAAAUCUGCAUGGGCUUUCCUCCUUGGAAGAAUUACAUAUAAGUUUCAACUCUAGAUUAAUCCAGUUACCGAAAAGCAUAUCACAUCUUUCUAGUCUUAAAUACCUCCUGAUCGAGUAUUGUAGUGGACUACAAAGUGUACAUGGCCUCCCACCAGAGAUACAAGUAUUGACAGUUAAAUAUUGCAAAUUAUUGAAGAAAAUUGAUGAUCUGUCAAAAGAGUACAAGUAUUUGACUAAGAUACAGAUCUUACGCUGUCCAAAACUGCUAGAAGAUAAAGGGAAUCGAAGAUAUUUGGAUAAGAUGUUGGACGAAUCGUUCUUUAAGAAAUGGGCUGCAGUUAAUGGUGGUUUGAUUAUUCAUAUUCCUGGCUGCAAUAUUCCACAUUGGAUCAAAGAACAACAAGAAGGGUGUAAGAUAGCAUUGAAGUUACCUCCCCAAUGACAAACUGAAAUCAUAGGGUUUGUUAUGUGUUGUGUUUCAAGAACAAUGUUACUAUAUCCUGAUAUAAAUUUGAGAUUCGAAAAUGAUGAAAUGCCGGUUUCAAAGUUGGAGGCUAAUAAUACAAAUAAGAUCGAAGAAGCUGAUUGGAAUUUGUGGAUUGGUUACAUACCAUAUGGUUUAUUCGAGCAGCUUCAUGGAGGCAAUGAUAAUGAUUUUGAAAGAGAAGAUUGGUUUCAUAUGACCGAAGGUAAUCUUGUCUUUGAAAUAACAAGCUAUUCGGGGAAUCCUGUAAAGUUUGGGGCAAAAGUUGUCUAUAAGGAAGAUGUGGCAUCCAUCCAACAAACCAUACCUUUUGUUUCUUCUUUUUAUUGGAGCUGGAAGCUUACAAAUGAGUUCACCAAUUCAUUCAAUUGUGUGAGUUAUUAAAGAUGAUCCAAGACAAUUAAGUUGUAUGUAUCUUUAUAUUUUAAUAAUUGGUAACUUUACUUUUUCUCACAAAA